AUGUUCAGAAUGCGCAGCCCAGAAAUAUAUCCCUACGCGCCGCUCGACCUGUCGCGGCAAACAUUUCGUCUCAUCCGGCUCCUCCCCCCAAAACCACCAGUAAUACCAGGCUGCUACGGCACGCUGCGGAUCGAAAUAAUCGAAGCCGAGAUUGACGCCGCCUCCAGGCCGUCGCGUGCGUACGACGCCCUCACAUACGUCUGGGGCGUCGCGGCCCACGAGAAGCCGAACCGCGCCAUCAUCGUAGAAGACCGCGGCGCAUCGUACCGCCUCUGGAUCCAUCGCCCGCUGGAGCUCGCCCUCCUGCACCUCGUCCAGGACAGAGCCACGCACCUCCCGCUCUUCGUGGACCAGAUAUGCAUCAACCAGGACGCCAACGGCGGCGGGUACAACGAAAAGGCGCACCAGAUAUGCCACUCAGGCCUACUAAGCGGGCUCAUGGGCCCCCGGGCGCCGAGCUUCAUGCGCGUCUUCGACGCCGUCAUGGACCCCUCGGUCUCGGUGGCCGGGCAGGCGCGCGAGGACCGCGACGCGCUGCUCGCGCUCGUCCAGCGCCGCGGCGACCAGUACCCUGUCGCCGGGUUCGCCGACGUCCUGGACCGCCCUUGGUUCGGCCGCCUGUGGACGAUCCAGGAGGCCUGCCUGGCGCCGGGGGUGACGGUCGUGUGCGGCCGCCAGGCCCUGUGCCUCGAGUGCUUCCGCGCGGGCGCGCUGUUCUUCAGCGUCUGCAACACGCACUGGGUGCGGCAGCCGGGGCCCAGGACCAGGACGGAGCUGCGCCGGCGCGACGCCAUCUUCCAAAAGACGCCGCGGCUGCAGCGGGUCGUGCAGGAGCGCAAGGCCAUCCACGCGACGGGCGUGCGGCAGAGCUUCUACGACGUCGUGCUCAGGUACAAUGUCAACGGGGGCCGGGCCAAGAUUGGCGCCACGCUCCCGGAGGACAGGAUAUUCGGGCUGCUGGGCCUCGCGGCCGACGACGACCCCCUGCGCCGGCGGGUGCGUGUCCGGUACGACGCCGUCGAUCCGGAGGCCGGGGUUGCGCGCAUCUAUACGGAGGUGGCGGCACUCUUGCUGGGGCACAGCGUGGAUGCGCUGCUGUACGUCCAGGCGGGCAGGAAGACGGGGGGGCUGCCGUCGUGGGUUCCGGACUGGACAAUGGAGCUCAGACUGCCGGUGGGCUAUGCGUCGUUGAAAGAGGCCCUGUUCUGUGCCGGAGGACCCGAGGACCAGGGGCGAUUCUGCGUCGACCUUGAGGCUGGGCGGCUGACGAUCCGGGGAUGCAUGGUGGGCGAGGUGGUGGCUGUUGGGGGGCGUACGUAUCGCGACCGGGUGGAUGGCAUGAUGCAGAGAGACGUCGACUACCGCUGGGCAAAGAAGUUCUUUGACGAGGCUGCGCAAUUUACACGGGAUGCGGGCGCGAUGCGCGACGAUGACGAGACCUCGUUGGCCCUGCGGUCCCGGCGGGUUUGCGACUCGGGCUUGAGUCAUGGGCAAUUUGUGCGUCGGCUGGGCGUGGACGACGGCGUCAGGAGGCUCGGUGUCGUCCAUGGCUAUUACUACAGAAUAGGGCGGCGUCUGCUCGAGUCGGACGAGACCGUCGCAAGUUACCACAUCUCGCGCAUCUAUCGGACCGUUGGCAUCACGCCGUGGUACUUUAUCCCGCCGCCCGAGAUGGACACACUGCGCAUGUGCGCGCGAGAUCCGUCUUUGGCGUGCAGAGUGUUGUGCAGUGCUCUGGGCGACUUUGUCGAGGACAUGGUCGGAAUGUGCGUCGCGUCGGCUCGCAUAUCCGUGGUACCCUACUAUCUUCGACUUCGUCGACGGUACGCCAAGGUCACAUUACAUGUUGGCGAUGAGGCUAUGAGACAGCAUGGCUUCGACCCUGACAAGGGCACGAGAGAAGACAUGGCUGCGUUUUCGGACAAUAUUCUCAAGAAUGUCGGGCGCAGGCUGUAUCGCACGGCGACAGGGUACGUGGGCAUAGGGCCGCCGGAGAUGAGGGCAGGAGACGCAGUGACGGUGUUUCACGGCGGCACCACGCCUCAUCUACUGAGGAGGGUGGCACGUCCAGAAUCAGGAAAUGGCGAGUUGUGGCAGUACGUUGGGGAAGCGUAUUGUGACGGCAUGAUGCAUGGCGAGGCGUUGGAGGCAACAUCUGAGCGCAGCUUUACUCUGUGCUAA